UCUAGUGAGAAUUAUCAUGUCGAGUUAAUGUAGCAUCAUUUAGAGCAGAUGACUUUAAAGUGAAAGUAUUAAUGAUAAAAGAAAUUGAACAGUUCAGAUGUUGAAGAACAUCUGAAGUAUAAAAGUUACCAUGUACCACAAACAAAUAACAAUAAAUCUCGAAGAGUAGUUAUUUGUUAAUUUUUCGAAAAUUCGACGUUCUUAAGCUUAUAAACACAGAAUAUUAUUAUUAUUAUACUGGAUGAAAAUAUAGGAGAAAUGUAUCUCCGAGAAGCAAGAAGAAUCUAGAAUAUUUUGGUGACCAAAAACAACAAACCUACUGUCAUGAAAAAGUUAAAAUUCUGUACAUUUUUCUCGAGUUUUCUUCUGUGGAUCCACGCUCCUGAAAGUCUGGGACAGAGUUCAGAGCCUCCGAUAUCCCUAAAAGGAGUUCAGGGUAAAGAUGUUGAGUUGCCAUGUAACAUCUCACCACUAACACCAGAUGAUGAAGUGGCUUUAGUUCUCUGGUACAGAGAUGAUUCUUCCACGCCAUUUUACAGCCUAGAUGCAAGAAGAGGUGGGUCACCAGGACAUGGCAGACAUUCGUCCAGUGAUAGUUACGCUACUAGAACUUACUUCAGCACUGUUUCCAAGCCUGCUACUCUUCAACUGGCAACUGUGACAAAGGAAGACAAAGGAACCUAUAUUUGUCGCGUAGAUUUCAAAAAGGCCAGAACCCGAUACUCAGAAAUUUCUCUAUCCAUAAUAA